AUCGCCUUCACCGUUCUAUCCUAGUUUCUAUAUAACAACUCUUGGUAGGAUUCCAACAGCCUCUUUCCAUCAUCCAAAGAGGUGGAGAGAAGAGGAGGAAAGGAGGAGGCUAGUAAUUAAUCUAGUAUUGAUAUGAUGAGGAAUUCAGCUGAUUGCAAUAGCUUCCGGCGAUGGCACGAGGCCGGCAACGAGUUCAUGCCAUCGGCCGACGUCCAAAUCAUAACCUCCGGCGGCCACAGCAUCCCGGCCCAUUCCGCCGUUCUGUAAUUGUGUCAUUAAUGGACAUGAAGGCCUCAGCUUCGCCGGUGUUGGAAAAGAUGCUGUACCGCUACCCGAUAAGUUUGGAUUCACAAAGGAUAAUUCGCAUUCUAGGCGUCCCCUACGAUGCAGUUUUCGCCUUCAUUCAGUUCUUGUACUCAUCAAGGAGCGCGGUGUCAUCGAGGGAGGGGGAGGAGGCAGUGGAGAAAUAUGGAAUGCAUCUGUUGGUGCUGUCUCAUGCCUACCAGGUGAAGUGGUUGAAGAGAGGGUGCGAAGAAGGGGUGGCGGCGAGGUUGCGAGUGGAGGUGGUGGUGGAUAUGCUGAAAUUGGCGAAGCUUUGCGAUGCGCCGAGGCUGUACCAGCGCUGCAUGAGGCUGGUGGCCAAGGAUUUCGCAUCGGUGAUACAGUCGGAGGGUUGGUGCUUCAUUCGGAGGCAUGAUCCAUUGCUUGAGAAGGAGAUCCUGCAGUUCAUUGAAGAUGCUGACCAGAGGAGGAAGAGAUGGAUGAGAGAGAUGGCAGAUCAAGAGAUGUACCAACAACUGAGUGAGGCAAUGGAGUGCCUCCAACAUAUUUGCACGGUGGGUUGCACGGUCGUCGGGCCUCACGUCGGUGAGCCCCCUAGUAGGAGCAAGGGCCCCUGCAGUUUUCGCACAUGCGAAGGGCUACAACUCCUCAUUCGCCACUCUGCCACGUGUGGCAAGAAAUUGUCCCCUGGAGGUUGCAUCCAUUGUAAGCGCAUGUGGCAGCUCUUCCAGCUCCAUUCCUCCAUCUGUGACCAACCUGACUCUUGCAAGGUUCCUCUUUGCAAGCAAUUCAGAUCAAAGAUUCAAAUGGAUGGCAAAGUAGAUAAGACAUGGAGGCUUCUAGUGAAGAAGGUGGUUACUGCUGGAAUAAUGUCUUCUUUGGCCAAGAGAGAAAGACCAGAAGAAAUCCAAAAGAUAUGGUUAAGAUACAGAGGCAUAAAGUGACUUCCAUCAUUUAGAUUUUGGUUUUCUUUUCCUUGUUUGCAGUUUUUGAAACAAAACAAAGUUUGUCAUACACGAAAUACUAAUUCUUUUGUACAAAUCAUGAUUCUUUGUACUCUUACUGUAUUUAUUCUUUCUAUAUUCUGGUGAGAGUUUGAUCUCAUAAUCCACACAAAUUUUUGAAGACUGAUGCAGAUGACAUGAUAAAUUAAGCUCAAUGUAUUGGACCUUUUAUAAUGUACUGA